CCUGCUCUCGCUCCUCUGUCCAUUCAUUUGUUCAUUCCUUCCUUCUUCAUUCAUUCUGUCUUGCUACGCUCGCCGAGGCCACGUUAUCCUAGGGGUUUAGUCCCAAAUGAGUCAGCAUCCAGCCCCGCUCCGCGGGGGCUGCCUGUCUGGCGUGGACACCCGCACAAACACGGUUGCAGAGAGCGAGGAGCGCUGGGUUUCUGCAGCUCUUGUCCCUCCUCAGAGAGUCUGAGAAGGCCCACUCACCAAGGUCAUGGAAGAGGAGGCUACAGAGGCCAAGUCCCCAGGCCCCUGCUACAAGCGCUCUGGACGCCGUUUUAAGUGCCUGUUCUGUACAAAGACAUUUCCGAAUGCUCCCAGGGCAGCGCGCCAUGCUGCCACACAUACACCCGCAGACUGCACAGAGGAGGUGAAUGAGGUCCAGCCAAAGGUGGAUGCAGAGCCCAAGGCUGAGGAAGCCAGUGGAGACAAGGUGUCUGGUUCAGUAGCCAAGCCCCGGCCCUAUGCCUGUCCACUGUGCCCCAAGGCCUACAAGACAGCUCCUGAGCUACGAAGCCAUGGGCGCAGCCACACUGGUGAGAAGCCCUUCCCGUGCCCAGAGUGUGGCCGCCGCUUCAUGCAGCCCGUGUGCCUGCGUGUGCACCUGGCCUCACAUGCGGGUGAGCUGCCCUUCCGAUGUACGCACUGCCCCAAGGCUUAUGGUACACUCUCUAAACUCAAGAUCCACCAGCGUGGGCACACAGGUGAGCGGCCCUAUGCCUGUACCGACUGCGGCAAGAGCUUCGCUGACCCUUCAGUGUUCCGCAAGCAUCGGCGCACCCAUGCAGGCCUGCGACCCUACAGCUGCGAGCGCUGCGGCAAGGCCUACGCUGAGCUCAAGGACUUACGUAACCAUGAACGGUCCCACACGGGUGAGCGCCCCUUCCUCUGCUCUGAGUGUGGGAAAAGUUUCUCCCGAUCCUCUUCCCUCACAUGCCACCAGCGUAUCCACGCGGCCCAGAAACCCUAUCGCUGUCCGGCUUGUGGUAAAGGCUUCACGCAGCUCAGCUCCUACCAAAGCCAUGAGCGUACGCAUUCGGGCGAGAAGCCCUUCCUAUGCCCUCGCUGUGGCCGCAUGUUCUCUGAUCCCUCGAGCUUCCGCCGCCACCAGCGGGCGCAUGAGGGCGUGAAGCCUUACCGCUGCGAGAAGUGUGGCAAGGACUUCCGGCAGCCAGCCGACCUGGCCAUGCAUCGGCGAGUGCACACCGGCGACCGCCCCUUCAAGUGCCUGCAGUGCGACAAGACUUUUGUGGCUUCCUGGGACCUCAAGCGGCAUGCAUUGGUGCACUCAGGACAGCGGCCAUUCCGCUGUGAGGAGUGUGGGCGAGCCUUUGCUGAGCGAGCUAGCCUUACCAAGCACAGCCGCAUGCACUCAGGCGAGCGUCCUUUCCACUGCAAUGCCUGCGGGAAAUCCUUUGUGGUAUUAUCCAGCCUCAGGAAGCAUGAGCGUACCCAUAGAAGCAAUGAGGCUACAGGAGCUGCCCCCCAGCAGGAGCUGGUACUGGGACUGGCGCUGCCUGUAGGUGUCGUGGGUGAGGGCUCAGCCGCCCCCGUGGCAGGUGCAGGGCUAGGGGACCCUCCAGCCGGGCUGCUAGGGCUACCUGCGGAGUCUGGGGGUGUAGUAGCCACACAGUGGCAAGUGGUGGGCAUGACCGUGGAGCACGUGGAAUGCCAGGAUGCUGGUGUCGGGGAAACUCCUGGUACCCUAGAUGCAGGGGAGGUGGGGGGUGAGGAGCCUGAUGAGAAGCCUCCACAGUUUGUGUGUCGCGAGUGUAAGGAAACUUUCUCCACACUGACGUUGCUACGCAGACACGAGCGCACACACCCAGAGCUCCGGCCCUUUCCCUGCACCCAGUGUGGUAAAAGCUUCUCAGACAGGGCUGGGCUUCGCAAACAUAGCCGCACCCACAGUUCUGUACGCCCCUACUCUUGUCCCCAGUGUCCUAAAGCUUUCUUGAGUGCCAGUGACCUGCGCAAACAUGAACGCACUCACCCUGCACCCAUUGGAACCCCCAUACCCCUGGAGCCUCUUGUGGCUUUGCUAGGAAUGCCAGAAGAAGGGUCAGCUUGAAGCUGGUAGCUCUCUCUGCCACACUCCCAGAUGCCCGUUCCCAGUUUCCACAUCCCUGCCACUGAGCAACUGGCUCAGUUCUCAGUCCACUAAGAGCAGGGGACAGUGGAGGCCGGCAGCGCUUGUGAGAGACACUCAUUAAAACACUGGCUUUGACACCAAGCCGUCUUCUGUAUUCUGGUUGAGUUAAACUUCAGUGGAGGUUCCAGAUUCAUAUAAAUCAUAAGGGUUCUUGGUGGUGGUUUCUUUUGUGACAGGCUCUCACGACUUAGCCUGAUCCAGAACUCACUGUAUAGCCCAGGCUCCCCUUGAACUCAACCAAUCCCCCUGCAUCAGCCUCCCAAGUACGAGGAGUCCAGGUGUUUACCACCACAAGUGGUUCCUAGAAGGGUCUUACAAUUCAUUGUUUGCCAAAGUAUAUUUUGGGUUUCUUGUGAAAGAGCUUUCAGUGGUCAAGUCAGGACAGGAGUUUGUCUGUGCCUCUUGAGAAUUCUUGCUGAUGAAAAGGUGUAUUGAAGCAUUAGUCCUGCGAUGAAAAACCCGUAGCUUUGCCUGCACUCAGGAUAAUGAAACCUUUCCUGAGCACUUCUGUCUGCUUAAGAUAGUAGGCUGGGCUUAAGCGAUUGGCCGGAGAAAUGGUUCCACCGCUAAAGGCUGCGGCUCACAGUAAAAAGCACCCAGCUUGUCUCUCCAGCUACCUCUAAAAACAUUUCCCUGGGUGUGAGACAGCUAAAAAAAGAUGAUCUUUCCUGUUUAUCACAGUAACACAUUAGGAGACAUGCUUGGAGGAAAAAAAGAUCCCUCUUCACACACAUCAAAACCCAUGAACUACAAAGGAAUAAGCCUCAUUUAAAAAGUGUUGGCCGGGCAUGGUGGUGCGCAUCUUUAAUCCCAGCACUCAGGAGACGGAGUCAGGCGGGUCUCUGAGACCAGCCUGGUCUGCAUAGUGUGUUUCAGGAUAGCCAGGACUACAUAUUAAAAAAUGCUGAUAGGUAAGGGGAUCGCUGUGAGUUCAAGACAAUCUUGGUCUCCGUCAGGAGUUCUAGGCCGCGUGGUAACACACACAAAGUUGACAGCAGGGUUUUAUCUUGGUGGAGGAGCACUUACCUUCUAUGUGUGAGGUCCUGGGUUCUAGCCACAGCAUUAGGAGGAAGAAAUUGACUUUCCCAGUUUAAUCUUUAAAUUCACUGCCUAUGCAGCUAUGGCUAGCAUUAAAUUCACAGUGCAGCCCAAGCUGACCUGAAACUGGUACUCCCGCCUUAGCUCCCCAAGCGUGUGCCAUCACACCUGACUGUCUUUUGUUUGUAGGGGAAACAAAACCUAAGGGUUUCCCUAACCUGUGUGAUGCUAGCUGGUUGUCAGCGCAGUGAAACCAAACUUGGGAGCAGAUUAGUUUGCCAUUUCCCCAGAUUAGUGAGAUUUGUAUCAAACCUGGGGCUCUUCACUGUCCAGACUCUGAUCAGCCUGUGAAGUUCACAGCAAUCUUCCCAGGGCUGUGACCAUCAGUGUUUUCAAUAUGGUCAUAUGUCACAACCACAGCUAGAAAAUGAAGGUGACUUGGCACGUGACUUGCUACCAGCCUGAUGUUUGCCUGUUUGGCAUUAUUGAUGGUUUUGAAAGCAUCCAGCAGCACAUUAGUUGUGCCAUUAUGGUGUACAGAAAGAGCCCAAAGGACUUUUCAGUCCCCAGUCUGAAAAUCCAAAGCUCCUGUGGAACAUGAUUAGCACUCACUCUACCACUCUAUCAUCCAGCCCAUGAUAACUUAAAAAAAAAAGAAAAAGAAAAAAGAAAGUGGUGAUUGUUUGAUGCUAAAAACCAAAGCAUUAGAAUAAAAAAUAUGUGAUUGGUACAAAAAUAAAAGUCAACCAGUAGAGUGAGAAGAUCCGGAAGCAGCCUGAGUGUGUCUGUGAACUCACUGCAGUGCUGAUGUCCAGCCCUCUGUCGUCUUUAUUUUGAGACAAAGUUGACUAGACUUCCGCCUGCUGAGCAGCUGGGACAGACUUGUACCACCAAGCCCAACACAUUCAUCAUUCAUUCCUUUGUUCUUUGAGAUAGUCUUACUGUAUAGCCCAGGGUGGCCCUCGAGUGUUUUCACUCAGCAUCUAAAGUGCUGGGAUUACUGACAGUUUCUGUGAAUGUUUACAAUGUUCUGUCUACACGUAUGCCUGCAGGCCAGAAGAGAGCACCAGAUUUCAUUACAGAUAGUUGUGCACCACCACGUGGUUGCUGGGAAUUGAACUCAAGACCUCCGGAAGAGCAAUCGGUGCUCUUAACCUCUGAGCCAUCUCUCCAGCCCCUCUGUGAAUUUUUUUUAAUGACAAAUGUGAUUGUUCAUAUCACUGGGGAAAAGAUAGAGUAGUCCAUAGCUUCCCUUGAAAAAUGUAUAGAUGAGGCCACGAAUUUUAUCUCCAUCAUCACAUGAGCAUACAUACAUGCAUGAACACACACACAGGGAAGAUACCCAGGACAUGGGUUAUUCAGGUGUAGCCCAUAUGCCUGUAAUCCCAGCACAGGGAAGGUGGAAGCAGGAGAUCAGGAUUUGAAGGGCAGCCGUGGCUACAUGGCAGAUUUGGAGGAGUCUCAAGUGAAAUGAGACUGUGUUUCAAAUCAAAACAAUAAUAAUUUAAAACAACCUGUUACACAGAGAAACCCUGUCUCAAAAAACAAAACCCCAAAAAAGGAAAAAAACAGGGUGAGGCUAAAAUUUACAGAUCGAAUUUUGGAGCAUGGAGGGACAGAAGCCAUUAGCAUGUUCUCCUUAGGGUCAGGUUACAUAUAUCCUCAAAUUCUCAUGGAAUGCAUCUUUUUAAAAAACUUUAUAUUUGUACAGGCAGUGGUGGCAUACACCUUUAAUCCCAGCACUUGGGAAACAAGCUGGCAAGAUCUUUGAGUUUGAGGCCAGCCUGAUCUACAGAGUGAGUUCCAGGACAACCAGGGCUACACAGAGGAACCCUGUCUCUAACCCCCCCCCAAAAAAAAAAAUUACAUUUAUACUUAUCUUGUGUGUGUACACAUGUGUGUGUGGGCACGUGUACCAUGGUGCACACAUGGAGUCAGAGGACAGCUUGGGAGUCAGUUUUCCACCAUUUGGGACCUAGGGAUGGAACUCACGUUGUCAGGCUUGGCAGCAAGUAACUUUACCUGCUGAGCCACCUUGCCUGCCUAGCAGGCUGCUGAAGAAGAUUCUAGGUCAUACAUUAUAGCCGCCCCCUUUCCACUGUGGCUGUAGCCCUAAGUGAGCCAAAACUCCCUUCCUACGUCCUUUAUUUUCUUUUCCUCCUCUUUGAGACAGAAUCUUGCUAUACAGCUCCCUCCUCUCUCAUCUCCCUGUGUUAGCCCAGACUAGCCUUGAACUUGAGGUAAUUCUCUUGCCUCAGCCUCCUAAGGGCUGAGACUACAGCCCUGUCCCAUCAGACUGGGAUUCUGUGCCCUUGUAAGAGCUGAGAAUCACCACGUUGGUAGUGUUGGGAAGUUCACCUGCAUGCUCACAUGCUACUCAUGGGGGACAUUGCAGCGAGCAGCCAUAGUUCAGGAAUGGUAAACCAGGUAGUGAGCCUCAGGAAACAGAGUCUCAAUGGCAGGGAGAGCAGUCCUGCCCAGGUUCUCAGAAAAUAGUAUUUAGAGGGAAAUCUUUUGGGUUCAUGAGAUGGCUCAACCAGUAAAACGUAUUUGCCACCAAGUUUGACAACCCAAGUUCUAUAGCCAAGAACCGCAUGUGGAAGAAGAGAACUGGUUCUUAGAUGUCCUCUGACUUCCCACAAGCAACGUGGUACAUGCACACACACACACACACACCCCUAAAUGUCUAAAGUGGGGGGGGGUCUUUAGAGUUGAGAGUGUAUGUAGUUCUGUGGUAGAGCAUUUACUUAGCUUUUAAUGAGGACUUUGGUAUAAUAAAAAUAAGUUCGGGGGGGGGCAUGGGUCUUUAACAGUAGUACUCAGGAGACAGAAGGAGGUGGACGCUGAGAUGGCUCAUCUAGUAAAGCCAUCAAGGCUGCUGACCUGAGUUUGAUCACUGAAACCUACAUUGUCGAGGCAGAGAAUUCACUACAGAAAGUCCCCCCUUGACCUUCCGUGCACUCUGACACAAAUGCACACAAACACACACAGAGACACACAAUUAAAACAGUCAUAAAGUUCAUAAUUUACUUACAAACUUUCUGUUUUUAAUUUUUAAUUAUAUGUUUAUAUGUGGGUUAUAUGCAUGUCAGUGCAGGUGUUCAUAGAGGGCGUUGGGUCCCCUGGAGCUGGAAUUACAAGCAAUUGUGAGCCCCCUGAUGUGGCAGCAAGUCCUUAACAGCAGAGCCGUUCCUCCAGCUGCCGUAAAUGUAUUUUUACAAGCUAUGUAUGUUUCUAUAGCUGGAAACCCUUAGACUUAAGAUACUUGGCUUGUUUUGAGUUAAUUUCUUUUUUUCUUUUCUUUUUUUUUUUUUUUUGGUUUUUCGAGACAGGGUUUCUCUGUGGCUUUGGAGCCUGUCCUGGAACUAGCUCUGUAGACCAGGCUGGUCUUGAACUCACAGAGAUCCGCCUGCCUCUGCCUCCCGAGUGCUGGGAUUAAAGGCGUGCGCCACCAUCGCCCGGCUGAGUUAAUUUCUGUAAAUGGUUUGAAGCAGGUGGUUCAACUUCAUUUUUUGCCUAUGGAUUUUCAGCUUCAGAAGCAUCUGUU